AUGAAACUUAACAUCGCCAACCCCGCGACCGGGGAGCAAAAGACCAUUGAUUUUGACGAGGAGAGGAAAUACCGCAUCUUCUACGAGAAGAAGAUUUCCCAAGAAGUCCCCGGUGACAUCCUUGGCGACGAGUGGAAGGGUUACGUCUUCCGUAUCACUGGCGGCAACGAUAAGCAGGGCUUCCCGAUGAAGCAGGGUGUCCUCGUCCCCCACCGUGUCCGCCUCCUUCUGUCCGAUGGCCACUCGUGCUACCGCCCCCGCCGCACUGGUGAGCGCAAGCGCAAGUCUGUGCGCGGUUGCAUCGUCGGCCCCGACAUUGCCGUUCUCUCCCUCGUCAUCAUCAAGCAGGGCGAGAACGAGAUCCCCGGUCUCACAGACUCCGUGCUCCCGAAGCGUCUUGGUCCCAAGCGUGCGACCAAGAUUCGCAAAUUCUUCAACCUGUCGAAGGAGGAUGAUGUGAGGAAGUACGUCGUCAGGCGAGAGGUGAAGAGCCAGAAGAAGGAGAAUGCGAGACCUUACACCAAGGCUCCCAAGAUUCAGCGACUGGUCACGCCCAUCCGUCUCCAGCGCCGCCGUCAUCUCCGUUCGCUCCAGCGCCGCCGCAUCGAGCGCCAGAAAGAGCAGAAGACAGAAUACGACGUUCUCAUGCAGAAGCGCAUUGCCGAGAAGAAGGAGAAGGCAGCUGCCGCCAAGGCAUCACACAAGAAGGCUGCCGCCACUGCUUAA